AGCCCCGCCCCUAACCGGCUGACCGAUUGGCUCAGCAAUCAUGUCGUCUCCUUGGCUCUCUCCCACUGGCCAAUGCGCACCAAGGCCUUUCUGUCCCCCUCGCUACUGUAUUCAGAUUCAUGCCUUUGUGCAACAGGACAAGACCCUAAUGGCCUCAUAGCCAUUUAGUAUCCUGGAGAACUGGCCAGCUCUGUUUGCGCUCACGGCUAGCCCCCAAAUGCGUCCGGGACUUGUGGGUAAAGCGGCCGAGAUGCUGAGCGGUGUCAGCAGCUUAGCCAGGCCGAGGCUCAGUAGCCUCUUACUGGUCCCCGCUACCAAAACAUCACCACCGAUGUCGGGCGCCGGUAGUCAGAGGUUUCGCUCGACAUCCUCGGCGCAGGGAUUUUCAGAGCUGGCAAGAGAGCGGUCGAAGACUGUCACUUCCUUUUAUAACCAGUCUGCAAUCGAUGUUUCUGCAGAGAAGGCUUCAGUUCGACUAACCUUAGCAACCCUCCUGUAUUCUGGGAAGUCUCCUGAUGGACACCACAUCCUGAGCAGUGCCAAGUACCUUCACAAAGAGCUGCCUGUGCGGAUCGCCCACCGCAUCAAGGGCUUUCGGAGUUUGCCCUUCAUCAUUGGCUGUAAUCCCACCAUCCUGCAAGUGCAUGAACUGUAUAUCAGAGCCUACCACAUGCUGAGCGACUUUCCUCAGAUCACGGAUCAGGAAGCUGAGGCUCGUUUCUGUAAGCUGGUGCAGCAGCUGCUGGACGACCACAAAGACGUGGUCACCAAUCUGGCCCAGGGCUUCAAGGAGUGCCGCAGACACAUCCAGGACGAGACGAUCAUCCGGAACUUCCUGGAUACCACGCUAUGCUCUCGUCUGGGAAUCCGGAUGUUGGCCACGCACCAUCUGGCCCUGCAUGAGGAUAACCCGGAUUUUGUCGGGAUAAUCUGCAGACGUCUGUCUCCCAAAAAGAUCAUCGAGAAGUGGGUGGACUUUGCCAGGCGUCUGUGUGAGCAUCAGUACGGGAACUCUCCCAGGGUGAGGAUCAACGGACACGUGGUGGCUCGUUUCCCUUUCAUCCCACUGCCUCUCGAUUACAUCCUCCCUGAGCUGCUGAAGAAUGCCAUGAGAGCCACUAUGGAAAGCCACCUGGACACUCCGUACAACGUUCCCGAUGUGGUCGUCACCAUUGCCAACAACGACAUCGACUUUGUCAUCAGGAUUUCUGACCGUGGAGGCGGCAUCCCUCACAAUAUCAUAGAGAAGGUAAUGGACUACCACUUCAGCACCGCCGAGGAGAGCGCGCAGGACCCCCGCAUGAACAACAUCUUUAAUACCAUCACCAACAGUGGGAACCAGUCCAACCCUAUGCAUGGGUUUGGCUUCGGCCUGCCCACGUCCAGGGCCUACGCCGAGUACCUCGGAGGCUCUCUGUCUGUGCAGUCCAUGCAGGGCAUCGGCACCGACGUCUACCUGCGUCUGCGCCACAUCGACGGCAAGGGCGAGAGCUUCAGAGUGUAGAACACCUCACCUGUAAUCUCAAUCGGCCCGUGAAAGAGGGUUUCCCACCAUGACGAUGAGCAAAGGCGAGGUUUAUUUCUCCAGACUUCAAAUUGUUUUAUCUCUUCUUUGUUCCGCCUCCGACUGAUUAUAAGCUACGUUAGCUCUCACAUGGGAGAUCUGAGCUGUUUUCCCCGUUGUGUUUGUUGUCUCAAAGUCUCGGCGGCUCAUAAAUGUAUGAAUGUUUUGAUAAUCGGGACAAACUGGGCAUGGUUUUCAAAAUUGUCGGUGAAGCGAGAGGAAAGGCACGUGAAACGCAGAAACACUCCUGAAAAGCUGCUCUCGGGGUUUAUUUGUAGUUUUGAUCCCAUUUUGUGUACUUUAAACAGAAGCCGGCGUCCUGUGAUGAAAGAUUAAAUGUGUGUAGGUGAUCAAACGUCCCCGUGAACGCAGCUGAAACUCCAAACUGCUUCCGGUCUGCUUUCACCAUGAAAACCUUCAUUCAGUAUUUUUGUGGGUCUGCAGGAUGUUCAGCUGCCUUAAACGGUCCCUAAACUGCAUGCUGACAUUUACGUAGAAUUUUUUCUGUUAAAUGCCUUUUAUCGGUCACACACACACACACACACACACACACAUAUGCACGCACACACAUUAGUUUUAUGUCAUUUUUGCACAAAGAAAAUAUUCUCCUUGUAACGCUCGAAUCACAGCUGUUUCUGUAAACUCGCAAAGUAACGAUAUAUCUGAGAAACGUGUUCUGGUGUCGUUGUUUUCUGUUUUUUUAAAGGAUUUUGUUUGUAUUUAAAGUUUUUGAAACAAGGUUUUGUAUGCGAUCACUUUAAACAAAAAGGAUUUAUUGCACUAUCGCAGUUUUUCAUUGGCUAAAGUUGCUAAUUAUUUUCAGCCAUUUAAUUCCAAAUCAGUUUUAUUCUGUAAAUAUCUAAAAGCAACGAAUGGCCUCAUCUUUACUUUGUAAUUGCAACUCGUACAACUAAAAUCUCAAGAGUUUGAAAAGUAUUCUUCGCCUCGUGAAAACACGAUGAAGGAGAGUGCUGGUGAGUUUUUCUUUGCUUGUGCACAUCUGGCUCUGCGCUGCGGAUGGAUGGAGUCAAAACGGCUCUAAAGCGCUCCCCCAUCGUGUUAAACAUUCCUGGGUGCUGCAACAGAUCCGAUUGUUAAAAUCAGCGUCACACGAUGCAUCCGCAUAAUCAUCGUUUUAAACUGAAAGAGCAUUAGGACUCUUCGUUUACAUUUCUCCUGAUCAUUUCAUUUUGAAGCUAAUCCCCAAAAACCCUAUUAUCUCGUGCAUUUCAGGAAACUUGCAUCUAAAAAAUGUUUUUUAAGCUUACUAAUGAACUAGUCUUCACUUCCUGUCAAAAUGUCUCCUGCUUUUUAGUCUAAACUGAAACGAGCUCCACUUUGGUCUCGUUGGUGAUCCUGGGGUUUCUUUUGUAAGAUUCCAGACAAAAAUAAUUUCUCAGCAGCGUGUGCAUUUAUUUAUCCUGCAUAAGUAUCUGGUAAAGAUUGGAUGAAGCCAUUUCCUGCCACUGAAAGUUCAAGUCAACUAAAUGUGUUUAUUGUACCUUUUGAAAGUCUUGGAAAAGGACUAUAAAAUAUGAAGUGCAUGCAUGUAAAGUGGAGAGAGAGGAAAAGAAAGAAGUUGGUUUUUGAAAGAUCAGCACAUUUAUUCCUAAAAAAAAAAAAAAAAAAAACUGUGCAGAUGCCAUAAAAUGUGCACUGUGUGCCCUCUGCUGGUCUGAAAGUGUAAAGGCAGGCUGUUGCAGUUCAAGUCAGGGAAGUUUUUGUUUUUUCUCCUGAUUCUUUUAAAAUUUAGAAGGAAAAAAACCUAAAGUAUGAAUCCGAUUGUUGGAGUUCUGUUACUGACCUUGGAGUGUGUUGUCUUCUUGGCUGUUAUUGCUUUCUCAUGAUUUCUGCUGUGUUCAAAACGUUGUAGAUAAUAAAUUUUACCUGGUCAGGA